ACCUCCCUCACCUCUCCAACACCUCUUUUUCACCCUUUUCUCAGAGCUCUCACAGAAACCGGCCAUCAUGAUCAAGACGCUGAAUCCCUACUCCACGGCAAGAACGGCUGAGAUUAUGUCUAGGUACAGGCCAAUAGCGCCAAAGCCUGAGGCUCCCACGGAUCCAAGCAGGAGUAGUACUGAUCAGAGCCCCUCCAUAUCUCAAAAGAUCAGGCAAUCUCCCUACCUUAGAAACCUCUGGCCACAUUUACAGGCCAGGCCUACCAGAACUAGAAAGCGAGGCAGAUCUACUAUAUCACUACCCUCCCUCAAAAGACCAAGGACCCACAUCCUUGGCUUUUCUUCUCCUUUUGGGUUCCCUCAAAUUCCCACUCCCCACGAAGCACCGGAACAGCCAGCCACACCACCAGGCUUGGUGACUCUUCCUCUUCUUCCAUGUCCUAUAUCUGCCCCCAUCGCCGCCAAUCAUCAAGCAGCAGCAGCAGCAGAGGAAAAGGUUAUAGAUCUGAACAGUGCAGCUGAAAUUCCGGAGGAAAAGGAUCUGUUGCAGCAACUGCAAGCACCACCACCCACCGGCGGCGGCAUUAAUAAUGUUAUUGCACCUCAGGCAAUACGACCGGUUGGGUCCAGUAUAAGCGUUGGCUCAAUCAACGAAGACCCAAGUUUGACCCCCGCGGUUCAGAAGAAACCGGAGGAAGUUGAGGAGGAGGUGGAGUCGGAGGCGUUGCCGGCGGUCAUAUCAGACUCGAACAACAAAGUUAGAAUGGCGAAUUCGGCGUACAAGGAGAUGGUGGGACAGCCGGAGUGUUCGUGGCUUGAUUCGAUGGUGGCCAGCUCGAGCAAAAGGAUCAGUGGGGAGGUGAUGCUUCAUCUUUCUGACUCGAGCGUUCCGGUUUCAUCAUCUAAUGGGUUUUCCUGUUGGGUGAGGAUAGAAUGGGGAAGUGAGGGGAAGAAAAGCUCAAUAAAUGCUUUCUGUGAUGUGAUUAGGCUAUCCUGCGAGUCCAAGAACUACCUCUUCACAUGGAGGUUCCACACCCAUACCAGAGGGGCUUCUCAGUUGGUCCAGUUGUAAUGUGUGAAGACUAUUCUACGUGAUUACCACUAAAUGCCUCCAAUCAUAUUGUACAAAUUAUAUAUCUAAGAGAUCAAGUAUAUAGUUUUAUCAGCUUUUUAUUUUGCUUC